AUGACACCGGGAGCGGCUACGUAUCUUGGUCCAUUGCAGCCGAGCAGUACGUUCUAUCGUCUGGUGCAAGGCCUGCAGUCGUCAGCAUCAGCAUCCAGGGCUCUGGCAACAGCCAAAACGAGAAGAACUCUAUCCAAGCGGGUCGACAUGUUGGUUGCCGACGGCGUGACUGUGGUGGUGGCGGCCGGGAACUACGACGAUGAUGCGUGCGGUUACAAUCCAGCCUUCAUCCCGUCUGCGAUCACCGUGGGAUCUUACGGCGGGACUUCGGGCUCGUCAACAGACAAGUCUCCCUUCAGCAACUACGGCUCUUGCCUCGAUGUAUGGGCUCCAGGCACGUACAUCUACUCCACGUACAUAAGCAACGACAACGCCGUGGCCUGGGCGUCGGGUACAUCCCAGGCCUGUCCGCAUGUUUCUGGGCUCGCGGCCAUCAUGUACGAGGAGUACCCGACGGCGGGGUCCAUGACCGCCUCACAGCGGUGGGAUCUCGUGACGGUUUCGAAACGCACCAAUUAUGUCACAGGCAUUCCUACGACCCCGGCGUCUGUCAAUUUGGUGGCCUUGGCACCGACGGGCAGCCCGACGCCCAGCCCACCGACGUCUAGCCCGACGCCUGGCCCGACGGCAGACGCCGGCAUCGCCGUUGGCGAUCCGCAUUUGCAAAACAUUCAUGGUGAUCGGUUCGACCUGAUGAGGGAGGGCACGCAUGUUCUGAUCAACAUCCCACGUGGAAUGAGCGCUGAAAACGCCCUUCUUCGCGUCCAGGCCGAUGCAGCCCGACUGGGAGGGCACUGCGCGGACAUGUACUUCCAGGGCGUGAACAUUACAGGGUCGUGGGCAGAGGCAAGACAACCUGGAGGGUAUCGUUACACCGCAUCGCAACAUGAGGCCCAGACUCCAGGAUGGGUUGGCAUGGGCAAAGUUGAGCUGAAGGUCGUUCACGGACAUUCGGUCAGCGGUUACCAAUAUUUGAAUUUCUACGUGAAGCAUUUAGGGCGAGCAGGGUUUGCUAUCGGCGGUCUGCUGGGGGAGGACGACCACGCCCUCGAGUCGACUCCUCCAAAGUCAUGCGUCAAUCAGAUGUCCCUCUGGGACAUUUCCAAAAGCAAGGCAUUGCAGAACGGAAUCUGA